UCCCGCGACACUGACGAGACUCACGUUUUCCUGCUGUGACCUCUCCGUCUCUCGUUAUUCGAGUCUCUUAAUAUUAGUUUAAAUGAAAGCCAGUGAAACUCGACGAGAAACGAGCUAAACUCCCUAACAACUUUACCGUGCACUGCAGCGACGUGUUAGCCGCACAUUCAYCUAAGCUAACCGGACAACCAGGAGCGAGUUUAAGGGACGAGACAUGGCUACAAUCGAGGAGCUUUCCCCGUCUGCUUCGGGCCCGGUGUCUACACGACCCCUAGAAGACGAGAUAGACGARGAUGAAGAAGAAGACCUGGAUGAGACCCUGGUGGAGAGGUUGUGGGGCCUGACAGAGAUGUUUCCUGAGUCGGUGCGCUCCGCUGCUGAGGUUUCUGCUCAGUGCUCAGUGUCGAUGCUKAAGAAGUUUUAUAGCUUUUCCCGCUCUGCGCUCUGGGUGGGCACUACCUCCUUCAUGAUACUGGUUCUUCCUGUAGUGUUUGAGACAGAGAGGCUACAGCUGGAGCAGCAGCAGCUACAGCAGCAGAGACAGAUCCUGUUGGGGCCAAACACUGCUGUUUCUGGGGGGAUGCCGGGCAUGAUGCCUCCUGCUCUUGGCAAGAUGUGAAGAGCAGGAGAGGAUGACCUGAACCUGAGAUCUGCUGCCAGCCACACAGCUGGGCCUUUCACAAGGAGAGACAGGGAGACCACAGAGAAGAGCGACAAAAUGCAGUUUUUAUUUUAACAAAYGCAAAAGCUUCAUUAGGCUCCCUCUAGCAAUCAGAGUAGCUGUGAGGCCUGACUCUGCACUCUCACUGUCUUUUCUUAUUCCCAACAUCAUGCAGAGACUUAUACCCUGCAGCAUUCUUUUUACUGUUAUUAUUCUUUAUUUUAAAUGCUUAUUUCAGCAUAAAUAACCGGUUUGUUAGUGAGAUAUCAAAUAUUGGUGGAUAGAGGAGGAAGUCAGAUGGUUGUCUGGGGUAUGGCUUCUGUUUGGGGGAAAUGUCCAUCUUUGUUUACUUGCUGAUUGCACUCGUACGGAAAACUGAUGGUAGUUACAAAUGACCGAAUUGUGACAAACAGAGCUUGUUGUUGACUGUAACAUCUUCCAAUUCUGUAUUAAAAAUGGCACUCUGAACUCUACYGUGUGGUGUUUUGCCACUUCAUUCAUCACAGUUCUGUUUGGAAUGUGAGUGUGUACGUACAGUGUCGCUCCUUUAAUACCUUCCAUUGUUUUGUUUUUCUGCUAUAAACAUGUUGCCACCAAA